UAUUAGGAAUCGAAUAAAAUUUAUUCCAAGUCAGUCAAGGCCUAUAUCUGUGGUUGGACAAGUAUGAUUGGUUGAACUAUUUACUAUUUAAUACAGUAGUAAUAAUAAAGAUCGCUAGGCAAGGGUUAAGCGGUACAUUAAGCACCAAUGUUUUACACAGUGUUUGCAAAGCUCUGUUUUCAGACAACUUAAUUACUUUGAGUCUGGAAUAUUAAGGUUAAUAUUAUGGGGGAUACUGCGAAAAUGUUUAAAAAAUGAAAUAAGGUACACAAGAUAAGGGUAAACUUGAAAAAAGUCAACCCAAAACAAUGAAUGUUUCUGCAAAAAGCUUUUUUUGCAAACAAAAAAAAUGAAAAUAAUUAACUCAGCAGAAUACACUGUCUAUGAUGAGAGGAAACUACUUUAAACAGUAAUAUUACAAAACUAUUAUUGUUCUUAAUGAAGCAAUCAAAUCCCCUACACAAUUUUGUUCUACUUUAUUUUAAAUAAAUUUAACUGAUUCAAAAUCGAUUUGUUAUAUGAUCCCAUAGGAUGAAACUUCAGAUGAGAAGACUGGUUGGUGAUGCCUUCAGACUAAAAGAACUUGUUGCCAGAACAAGAAAGUGUUAUGAAAAAUAUGCAAGUUACGGCACAAUAGCUAGCAAGGGUGACAUACCUUGUGAUGAUUUGCACAGUUGCAACAGUGAACCUCACACCAAUAAGCAAACAAUAUCUCCAGAUGAUAUUUAUAGUAAAAUUAUAUUUGCCAGUGGUAAGCAAUUUUUAUUUCAUUAAUUUAUUCAUUGCUCAUUUUUAUUUACUGAAAAUAAAAUAAAAAGCUAUAACCUUAAUUUGUGAAAUAUUUGUUUUCUUGAAAAAUGUUUGUUCAAUUAAUAAUAAUUUAUUAUUAUUUAUACUUUUCAAUAAAAAUGCUGACAUUUUAGAAAAAAAGUUUUAUGUGUGUCACCUUUUGGCUUUUUGUUGAUGGAUUCUUCUGUCAAGUUUCAAAUUGAUAUAAUUUGUCUUUGGUUAAAUACUGACUAUGAGUGAUGAUUUAUAGAAAUAAUAUGGAUAAUUCAGUAACUUUUUUCUGUAGAACAAACAAAUCAUAUCCAAGGUAGAAAACUAUAACAAAAUAUAACCUUGACAAUAUAAUUCAAUUUCAUAACACCAACACUUAUUUAAAUAGUGUACAAUUUACAAUAAAUUACAUAUUUAAUAUAACUGUAAUUUAUUUUUUAAGCCCAAUUUUUUAAUACAUGAGAUUUCUAAUUAACUUUAAGUAUACAAAAAGCACAAUUUUAAUAUUGUUUUUGUUUUUCAGAUAACAUUGUUGCUAUCAACAAGCCAUGUGGAAUAUCAGUUUAUGGUAAUUUUUGUGUUUCCCCAUAAUGUACUCGUAGUGUGUUUAGAAAUGAAAUUUUACUUUAAGUUGUAUGGUAGAUUCUCCUUCAGUUCUUUAAAAAAAAAAAUAUUAAACAUUGACAAAUUACUAAUUAAUUUAUAGACUUGUUGGAAAGUUGUUCAAGACAUGGCUACUUAGAUAAUUAGAAUUAAAUUGUGUCUUUCUAAAUUAAAGAAAACAACAACUUGUUUUUGCUCAAUCAUUACUAUAAUCAUAAAAUGCUGCAUGUCUUUAAUAAAAUUAUAUUUAGUUUGACUUAUGUUGAUAAUUGUUUUGGUAAAAAUAAGCUGUCUUCGAGUCACACUAAACUUGGUAAUUAAAAGAUGUAUAUAUGCUAUUUUAAAUACUUAUCACAAACAUAUAAUUGGUCAGGUAAGAGGCAGGCUUCAACAUCAGAUGUAGGGGAAGAAUCUAACAAGCUGAGCUCAACGAUUCAUCAAUACUUACCAUACUUAAGCCAAAAGUUGCAGUGCCCAGAAAUUGAAGUGGGCUUAUCUCUCAAAAGGUAUUUCACUGAAUUUAAGAAUGUGUGUGCUUUAAUAUAAAAUGUUAAUUUUGUAUGUGUGUUCUUCUUUUAGGAUUAUUCAUAAAAACUUGAAUUAUUUACCUUAUGAUUAAUAUUUUCUUAAGCUUUUACAGUGGAGUAAUGCUUCUGUGUAAAAGCCAAGAGACAAAGAAAAAGUUUGAAAAAUGUAUUGCAUGUGCAGCAGCCCAGAAAGAACCUUUCAUGUCAUAUCUGUAAGUAGUAAUGCUUAAGCAUUGAAAGAUAAACCCUUACUUAGCUCAAUAUUGGAUUAAUGCAAAAUUGCAAGUACAAUUUAUUUUUUAAUAUAUUUUUAAUUGUUUUUUGUUUGUUUAGAGUGAUCACACUUGGAGUACCUGUAUGUCCUCACAACGUACCAUUAGAAGCUUACAUUAGCAGAGAGUUCUUACACAACAGAGAACUAGUAAGAAAUAUUAUUUAAUUGUGUAUAUUCGCAAGACACUAUCAAGGAGUAUGUUAUUAGAAAUGUAUAUCAUUUAGAGAGAAUUAUACAAUUCUUAAAAUUUAGCUAGCCACUUCUGUUGCAUUUUUAGGAAAGUUAUAUAAUGUAGUGAGUUAAAACAUAGCAGUGAUGUGGCAAAGCAUUUGAUAUCAGAUACAAUAUGUUUGCAAAAUAAUAAAAAAAAUUAUUUUUUUGUUUUGAGUGGAAAAAGGUAAUUAAAAUAUUACAAAGUUUGAUUAAAAUGAAAAUGGUCUGUAUGCAUCAAUGGGUUUUCAUUCUAUCUUCUGCUCAAUGGUGGGAUAAUCUACCUUUUUGUUUUUGGUUUCCUAUAUUUAAGCGUAUCCGGAAAUUUGAUCGAAAGAAAUUUCGUAGACGGUAAAUUGAUCGACGGUAAUUUGAUUGAACGCAAAUAUGGUCGAAUCUUUUUUUCCGUUUAAAUUUUGCUUCAAAUGUCUUUUUGAACGCAUUAUUUUGUUUUACUAUAUAGUACGGUGCGUUCAAAAAGAUACUUGACAAAAAUUUUAACGUGUGAACUGAAAAAAAGAUUCGACCAAAUUUCCGGUCGAUCAAAUUACCGUCGAUCAAUUUACCUUCGGCGAAAUUUCUUUCGAUCAAAUUUCCGGUAACCAUAUUUAAGUCAUUAAAUUAAGUCAUCUUAAAGUGCAUUAUUGUUUUUGAUUUUUAAUGUACUUUUUUUCAUAGAGCACAGUCAGUCCAAAAGACAUCCAUUCUGCUCGCAAAGAAGGCUCAAUGAUACUGGUUAAUUUUAGUGUCAAACCUUUGGUUGUGAACAAGGACACUGCAACAUCUUUAGUGGAAGUUUCAAUAAAUAAAGGUUAGUUUGAAGUAAUGGAUUUUAGAAUGGAUCUACAUGUUAAGUUUUAUGAUGUAGCAUUUGAAGUACUAGAUCAUAGAAUGGCUCUACUUGUUAAGCUUCAUAGCAUAGCCAUUGUUGUACUAGAUCAUAGAAUAGCUCUACUAGUUAAGCUUCAUAACUUAGCCAUUGUGGUACUAGAUCAUAGAAUGGCUCUACUUGUUAAGCUUCAUGGCGUAGCCAAAAUCUUUACUUACAGAUAUUGUCUGAGAAUUUAUUUUUUCAGUAUUUUCACAUUUUAUUUUAAUUUCAACAUACUUGAUGGAUAUUCUUAUCAGAUAUCUGAAAUAUGAUGGACUGUUAAAGUACUUAUGUUUGCAUAUGAAACAACCAUACUAACUGUACUGUAUAUUACUACUCAUAGUAUGCCCAAAUACUUAAAUCUACAUUUUUGUUCCUCUGCCAUGUGCAAUCUUGAGAUUGGAGGAAAUUAUCAUGCUCCCAUCCCCCUGUUGCACCCAUAAUAUUUUUUUAUUUUCCGACCCCUCUUUCCUAUGCAUAAGUAAAAAUUAACUUUUACAACCCACCCCCACCACAAUCACCUGUUUGAAAACUUAAUUCUACCAUGGUCAAAAGACAUUUAUGUUUCUAUAAUUUUAUGUUUUUAUACUUACACAUGGAACCAAACAAAAGCAUGUGACUAAAGUUGUCACUAAGUUAAUAACUAGCGUUGUGUUUUUUAACUAAUUCAUUUGUGAAAACAAAGCCAUAGCAUGACGAUAAAUCUGAACCAUUAGUCUACAUACACAUUCUGCCAAGACAACUCAACAUACUCCACUCUGUGCAUACUUAAUAUAUGGUUGGCCUCUAAAACAACCAAUUUUAUUUACUGAAUUACUCAGAACAACAUUAAACUGAAGUAAAAAACAGAUGCCAACAAUAAAGUGAGAUAUUGAUAGUGAUAGUAAAAUUUGAUACAUCAGGUUAUAUAAUGUUAUAACCUAUUGAAUCUGACAGACAGAUGGGAAGCUGUGGAAGUCCUUAUGAGUCACUAUUUAAGCCCUGUACUUGGAGAUCAUAUUUACUCAAGCAGGACCUACUCAGUUAUGGGAGUGCCAUUUUCAGCUAGUCCAUACUCUGUGCCUCCUAGCACACAGGUAAUAAAAGAACUUGCAAAACGUAAUCUACAGUCAUGUAAAUUCUGUGUUUCCCAACCUUUCUCUAUAUUCUGCAGCCAUAACAAAUUUUUAAAUAACAUUUUGAUAUUGAAAAAAACAAAUAAACAAACUAUAUUUAUAAUCAAUUUUCCUUGCCUACCCUGAAAUGCCACUUGGGGUGGAAGCACCCAAGGUAGGUAAACCCUACUUUUAAGGAAGGGGAUGGAAAAAGACAAAACUUCUAUUUGUAGAUUAAAACUAGUGGAAUAUUUCAAUAUAAUUUCUAAAGUGGUUAAACUGUUCAACUAGUCAAAGUUUGAAAUUAGAAAAACAAAAGUGUCAGGACAAUUAAAUGGUAUUGACUAACAUUCUAAACAAUCUCAUGUAGAUGAAAUUUUACUUGAAAGUAUUUAUCCUUUAAUCUGACAGAAAGUUCCACCCCAAAUCCUGGAAGCCUUGGCACACAAUGGACACUUUUCCAAAGAUGAGCCACUGCCUCUAUUUAUGCACAGAUACAAGGUGACACUGAAAAGGUUCCCUGUUAAAAAAUCACCUCCCCUUGUUAUUACUGGAGCCCCACAGAAAGAGUACAUGCAUGCUCUUCGGUGCCUAGGAUUGUAUGAUCCUUCUAUGUUUUUGUGAAAAUGUCUUGAUAAAAGGCUGGGUUUGUAUGUAAAGAUUGUGUGAUAAUUAUGUAACUGAUUUCUGCCUUUGGAUUGUAAUGGUAUUAACUAAGGCUCACUUAUCUGUGAAUUGUUUCGUUGUGUGAGCUUGGCUAAAAAGGUCACCUGUUCAAACCAGUAUUAACAUGUUUAAAAAUAAAAAAAAUUAAAAUUUUAUCCCAACACAAUAGAACAUGUGUGGCAGUUAUUAAGAAAGAAGUUCAAAGACAAACAUUUUUUAAAAAAUGCAUUAAAGACAUCUUUAGCCUAUAAUUAUUUAGAAUUUUGUUAAUUGUGUCCCAUUUACUGGUAGAUUGAUAUUGGAUAAUCCUGGAAUAUGUUUGGCAGGACCUCUUGAUCAUAGAGAACUCUUGGCAAAUAACACAAGAAGGCAAAAAAACAGAAUUUUGACAUUUUAUUCCACCAUGGAACCACAUGCCUCUCAAUAUAAAAAAAUAUCAAAUAAAGAAAAAUCUUAACACAACAAUGUAAACGUAUGGCAAUUACC